AUUUACGAAUGCUCAAGGCCUAUUACGAAGGUCUAGUGACUCUUGCCGUAAACUAUUUACAGACAAUCCACACUCGACACCAGGCAGAAAUGGACAAGCGAACUACUCGGUCGGACGAUCCAAGCUUCACAAAAACUCCGAAUCAGGCCUUUUCCAAAUCAACCUCUUCAAGCCGUUCGACCGCUACGGUGCUCGGCGAGACUUCCCGAAGGUCGAAAGCACUGCAGUCUUGCCCUACUUACUAAUGUGAAGCAAGCAAAGUCAAACCCACACGUUCUUCACAGAGCAACACACAAUCCGAAGAGGUUCCAUACUUGUUCGCGUUUUAUUUUCCGAACGCUUUUUGCACCAACCAAUAUCGACUUCGGUCUCCCAAACGCCAAAGAAGUCGCAACCGCACAUUAUUAGACUCGACCCUUUCUCCCACUGUCAAUACAAACCUUUACACUCAUUUCUCUCAUGUCGUUGAAAGCUUUACUGGGAGGUGCCAUGAUCGGCAGUGCUUCUGGAGUACUUCUACUACUUACCGGAAAUAUUAUGGGAGCUUCUGGUAUCGCAUCGUCGGCUCUCCUCAAACCUACACAAUUGCUCACCGACCAAUCUCAACACUGGAAGCUCGUCUUCCUUGCAAGUUUUCUGCUUACAACUAAUGUCUUCUUUUCGGUCCCUUUCGACCGUUCAGAUCCGGCGGCUGCUACCUUAUCUCCACUGGGGUACGGCUUGGCGGGAUUAUUUGUGGGCUUUGGCACCAAACUCAGCAACGGGUGCACGAGCGGGCACGGCAUUUGCGGUUUGGCCCGACUCAGCAAGCGAUCAAUGGCAGCCGUUGCAACAUUCAUGGCCUCGGCAGUUGCCACUACCUACCUGACGCAAGUAUCUCCCUUGCUCACAAAGUUCACUAGCGUGCUGCAAGUAGAAGCGGCGCAGCAGACGCAUUCGCAGCCUCUCCUCGGUGUGGCGUCCGCUCUCACACUCUUGUCUGUCGUCGCUUCAGCCGUGGCGCCAUGGUUUCGGCAAAAAAAGGACGAAAACGGCCAGGCCCGCAUUCUGCCAGCCAUCGCCUCUGGGUCUAUGUUUGCCUCUGGUCUGUACAUCGGCCAAAUGGUAUACCAGUCGAGGGUGCUUGGAUUUUUGAAUCUUGCCGGUAUGACUGAUGGAUCCUGGGACCCAACACUUGUCUUUGUCAUGGGUGGUGGGGUGAUGGUUAGCCUACUUAGCUACCAGUUCUUGGAGGGGUAUCGCAUAACGCGAAGUACUACUCCCGUCAAGCAUCCGUUGGCACUCAAACCUGAUGCUCCGUUUUGCAUCCCCACCAACACCCAUAUUGACGCUCAGUUGAUACUCGGAUCGGUGGCAUUCGGUAUUGGUUGGGGCUUAGGCGGUAUUUGUCCCGGACCCGGUAUAUUUCUCGCAGGGGCUGGGGUCCAGAAUGUUAUUCUGCACUGGUGGCCGUCCUACUUCGUAGGAACCUAUAUCGCCAACGAAAUUCAGAAUCAACAAUCCUAGGCCCGAAAAGAAGUGCCAAUACCACCCAUUGAAAUUUUCCGAGGCAAAUAUGGCCAAGCAAGUUGAGUCUGGAGGGUGAAUAUAGAAAUGGGCGAUACACUGAGUAGCCACUCGCCAUGGCAGCUCGCCGAAUUGAAUUUACAUUAAUCCCUUUCACAGUAAGCUGUUUCUUUACAAGAC